AUGCCCUUUCCCUUCGUCCUGCCAACUACAUCCAGUAUAUCCUUUACCGAUUACUUCAACAGCAGCACACACCCUUCCCUACCAAACUGCGCAACCACUGCGCGAGGCGUCCUACGCGAUGUGCUCAAGCGACACAAGCGCAUACCGCCUGCCUCACAAGCCUCGAACCUCUCCACCGUAACAUCCGCCCUUAACGACUACAUACCUUAUUUGUUCGCCCUUGACGCAGGUUUGAGUGGUGCGAGCUGCGCCGGCGAAGAGAUCGACCUGGUCUUGGUCAAAGAGCUGGAAGUGGAAUGGCGCUCAACGUUGGGAUCGUCAACACCGGGUCGUGAACCGGCAAGAGUGAAGCUCAAGAGCCUGGAGAGCGAGCUAUGCUAUACACUGUCGACACUGGCAUACGUAUACAGCCUGCAGGCUCGAGCACAGUUGCAUACACUCUACAAUGCGACCGUACCCUCGCCCGAACAACGCGCGACUGCCAUCGGUGCUGCCAUGAAGCAUUUUCUCGAAGCAAACUCCAUACAUACAUACUUGGUGAACCGGUCAGGACAGUAUAAUUCACAGCCUGCGGCCGUAGACAUAUCCGCGUCCGUCUUGGGGGCGUUGGCAGAGUUGACUAUGGCUGAGGCUACACUCAUUACAGUCCUGAAAGACGACCCAUACCCAGCCGUCGUAAUAGAAGAUAGAAAUAAGCAGAGCAAGGACUGGAUGUUCAGAGGUGUCGAUAUACCCAAGGUCCGCGCGCAUCUCUUCGCUCGACUGUGCCUUGCCUCGUCGGAACACGCUGCCAAAGCUCAAGCCAUGCUGGGUCGCUCCUCGAAGAUCAACGACGACUUGUUGAAAUACGUGGAUGAUUUGCGACGGACGGCGAAGGGUAAAGCCUGUCGGUUCCUCGCCUGCGACGCCGAGGCAGGUGGCAAAACAGGAGAGGGCAUUGCGUGGCUACGGGGCGCAAAGAAGGAACUAGGGUUUGCAUCAUUAGGAGCGGAGGAAGAGAAGAAGGCGUCUGGCUUCUCCAAACUGAAAAAGGAGUGGCAGGAGAAGAGGGAAGAUCGCAAGAUUGAAAAGGGUGUAGAUUGGGGUACUGAUGCCGGCAAGUUUGAAGAGGGACGAAUUGUCGAUAUGUUGCUGAAGAAGUGGGAAAAGCAGAAUGAUACCGUUGGCGUUCAACUGGUACCUCCUUCAGAACCGUUGCUCGCAAGCAUGCCUUCUGGGCGCGAGUAUCACACAACGAAGAUGUUCAUUGUCCCAGCGCUGGAUGAGGAUGCUUUGAUUCGGAUGCGGGCGCCUCCAGACCCGAGCGAGGCCUUUGAAGGGAACGAAGAUGACAGCGCGGACGAAGACGAGCGCAGUCCUCCUGCUGGCGCUUUCCCAGGCACAAAGGCGGACUAUGCACCAAGCUCAAGCUAUUACUGA